AUGGGCGAGAUAGACAACAAGAUUAUCGAAGAGAGAGUUGAGUCAGCAUCUGACUUAUCUCAAAAGCCUCAACUUGAAGACGGUGACUUCACGACCAACGUCCACCUCUCUGAUGGAGAUGUCACCUACCUGAUCCCGACCCCAAGUUCUGAUCCACGCGAUCCUCUUAACUUGAGCCCCUGGAGAAAAUGGGUCGUAACGAUUACUUGUGGCACAUUCGCCUCCAUCGGUCUCGUCCAGGUCUCCGGCCUAGGAGCGCUCCUCGGCGACUUCAUCCCGGAAUACGCUGCUGAAGGAAGGGGAUAUGAGGACAUCAGCCAUCUAAUGACUUAUCCGUCACUUUUCAUGGGCCUAGGAAACCUGAUAGGUAUGCCAUUGGCUCUUGCCAUCGGACGUCGCCCGGUAUUCCUCGGUUCUUGUGCUCUCGCAGUCGUGGGGUCAAUCCUAUGCGGUGCCCAGAGAGGGUACACGUCUCAUCUCGUCGCUCGAAUGAUUCUCGGCUUGGCAGCCGGCCAGAGCGAGGCUCUCUGCCCCUUGAUGGUGCAGGAAACCCACUUUCUGCACGAGCGUGCACGCUGUCUGAUGUGGUUCACGGCUUAUCAGUCGAUUCUCAGUGCGGUCUACUCUCUUCUGACCUCGUACAUCGCCGCGGGUAUCGGUCCAUCCGGUUGGUAUUACCUAGGUGCUGGCUUUUCGGCCAUUACUUUCAUCGUCGCCAUUUUUAUGGUACCGGAGACCAAGUACGACCGACCUCUCGCCGCCUAUCAGGGACACACAGCCCAGGUGUCUCAUUUCGUCAGCAGCAGUGGUCCUGGAACCGACGAUACAACUGGUAUUUAUACCGAGAUGCUUACGCGCAAGACCACCACGGAGCCCCGUCAGCUGGACUUUGUCAACUUCAAGCCCAGGUCCCUCGCUUCGGACAUGCGUCUCUUCACCCAGAAGCCAGACUGGAAGGAGGGAUGGCUGUGUAUCACAGGCAUGGCUAUUGUAGUUCUGUUCCCUGACAUGAUAUGGGCGCUUCUUCUCAACGGACUGACAGUCGGUGUUAACAUUGCGCUUGGCACAACUUACGGAGGAGUCCUGGAACAAGCCCCCUAUAAUUGGAGUGCAUCAGUCAUCAGCCUUGCAACGGCUGGUCAGAUUGUAGUCGCCUUCGUGGCUCUUCCGCUCUUGGGCCGCGGCUCGGACUGGAUCAUCAAAGUCUUUGCGCGCCGUAACGGUGGCGUCCACAAGCCCGAGUACCGGCUCAUUCCUCUCAUCAUCCCCGUCAUUGUGGGAACGCUGGCAUCGGUCAUCUUUGGACAGGCUGCCGAGCAUCCCGAAAAAUAUCACUGGUUUGCCGUCGUGUUCUCUCUCAACGCCUACUACUUUGGUUUCAUCGGAGCCAAUCAGGUCGGUAUCACAUACGCUCUCGACGCCUACCCGACACGCUCUGGCCCGGUACUAGUCAUCAUCUGCGCCAUGCGUGGUGUCAUUUCUUUCGGAACGAGCUACGGCGUGACACCAUUCAUUAACUCGGCCGGUUAUGACGGCGCUUUCGGUAUUUACGGCGCUCUUACGGCUGGAAUUGGCGCCAUGGGAAUUUUUGUCUUCAUCUGGGGCGACCAAAUCAGAGCCUUGGUCGCAAAGUGGGCUGUUGCGAAGCCUGCCGCCAAGCCUUCUUACAAUCAUUAG